AUGCCAGGUCCAAGGAACGUGCGUACACUGCAUGGAAACGGAGGCCGUAAUGGCAACGGUGACGUCAUGGGCCCAAAACAAUUAUGGUUGAGUAUCCCCCCAGUGACAAGAACUUUACUUACUUUUUCAAUAGUCAUGACGAUCGUCGCUCGGUUGCAGUUUAUCAGUCCGAUGUACUUCAUUUACAUGUGGAGUUGGACCUUCAAGAAGUUUCAGAUAUGGAGGCUUGUCACUUCUUGCCUGAUUCUUUCGCCACAAGCCAUGCCGGCGCUCAUGGAACUCUAUACUCUUUACGAUAGGUCCACGCAGUUGGAACAAGUGCAUUUUGGUCCCGGUUUGUCCAACAGACAAGGUCCCAUGGUGUCACUCCACUACGUCUACUAUUUGUGCUUCUGUAUACUAACUAUCGCCAUGACGGCUACGAUCCUGUAUGGAUCCGGCUACCCUUUCGUACUCACCUCUGGUUUCAUUUCGUGCAUCACAUAUACGUGGUMAAUUGACAACGCGAAUGCAAAGAUUAUGUUUUAUGGGCUGAUCCCUGUUUGGGGGAAGUAUUUCCCUCUGAUCCAAUUGUUUAUCUCCUUUGUCUUUAAUGAAGGUAACUUCGUGAUCUCCUUGAUCGGUUUCGCCACAGGAUACCUCUACACAUGUCUAGACACACGUACACUGGGUCCACUAUGGGGGAUGAUAUCCAGAAAAGCCGACCCAAAUUACGGUGUCUUGCCCAAUGGGAAAUUCCCUACCCYGUGGUGGUUUACUAGCCUUUAUGCUCGCAUAACGGGUGCACACAAUGCACCACCAGCACCCAACAACAACUUUGCCGACGUGCCGGUAACUCCAAGAGAAACAAGAUCGUUUAGCGGAAGAGGUCAAAGGUUGGGCACCUCCCCCAUUACACUACCUCAGUCUGACGACUCAGGCUCGGCCAGAACUUCAGGUACUCGGCUGAGGAGCGGCUCGUCCAACCUGAACGAGUUUCAGGGUCGUGGCCAGCGCGUAGGCCACACAGACGGCAGUGCUAACUGA